CUUGUCACUGGUGAUGGAUUUCAUCAUGGUGUUCAGUCGAGUUCACAUAAAGAUAAGGCUACUGUUAGCCAUCUUCCUCUUUCUCUCUGUCUAUGGGCAAACCUCUGGACCGUAAGUAUCAUAAUUUUACAUUGUUGUCAUAAGCUAUUCAAGAUUUUGUUGCCACUGUGUAAAACUAUAGUAUACUACGUUACAUAUGAAAUACUUCCUAUAUAUUUACAUUAAAUUUGCUUCUAUGAAAAUGUUCAAAAAGAUGAAGGAUUUGUUGUUUUUUUAUGUAUGAAUAUUUUGAACUAGAAAAUGAAUUAGGAAAAAUGCUAUAUAACAGUUGUAGCUUAUAUAACAAGUUACAGGACGCCAACAAAGUAACUACUACCCGGGAGUGUGCAGUGGCAGACUGUGAUAUUUCAUGGUGACAUUUCCUGCAGUGAUCGAGUCUGGCUCUGAUGCAAAGUUCUGUGUGAGUCUUCUGAAGCCCAAUGAGACUCUGCACAUGAACAUUUAUCUGGUUCAUGACAACCAGAACAGAACUCUUUUACAAGAGACAGUGGAAAAGGAAUACCACCAGUGCUCUCAUUUUGAGGCUCCACAGGUUGUGGGUGAAUCAGUGCAGGAGAUCAAAGUAGAAGUCAGUGGUAAAAGUUUUAAGAUGACAGAGAAAAGUAAAGUGAUGUUUAAAUCCUACAACACAUUGGUUUUUAUUCAGACUGAUAAACCCAUCUACAAUCCAGGCCAAACAGUGAAUUUCAGAAUUGUUGCUAUGGAUUUAAAUUUUAUUCCAAUUGAAAAAAAGUACAGCACAGUGAGUCUUCAGGAUAAUCACCAGAACAGGAUUGGUCAGUGGACGAAUGUGUCCUCGACAGGUCUGAUAUUGCAGCUUUCUCAUGAGCUAAAUGCUGAGGCUCCACAGGGAUAUUAUCAGUUAACUGCUGAUGCUGGAAAUAGGUUGGUCACACACCAAUUUAAGGUGGAAAAGUAUGUUUUACCCAAGUUCGAGGUUACAGUGAAAGCACCAGCACAACACAGUGUGGAUGAGGAGGAACUGGAGCUAGAAGUUUGUGGAAAGUACACUUAUGGGCAGCCAGUACCUGGUCAAGCAGUGGUGCAGGUGUGCCGGAAAUUUAAGCAGAAUUAUGGUGUGGCCCCAAUGAUUUCACCCUGUGUGAGUGAAACGGUGGAGAUGAGUCAGACUGGCUGUGCAUUAAUUAUCAUGAAUGUGUCAACUUUCAUGAAUACUGAAUUUGAACAUAAUUUUAGGAAUCAACUUCAUGCUACUGUUACACUCACAGAGGAAGGAACAGAUAUUUCCAUUGUGAAAUCUGCAAAGAUAAGACUUUCUUUCCAAAUUGGUAAAGUGGUCAUCUUUGACUCACCAAAAAACUUUGAAAGGGGGAAGGUUAUAGAAGGAAAGAUUAAAGUUACUACCUUCAGUGGAACACCAAUUCCUAACAAGAAGGUGUAUCUUUCAGAAGGUGAACGGUGGUCUCAGAAGUUACUACUUAAUCUUACUACAGAUAGUAAUGGAUUGGCAAACUUCUCAGUCGCUGCACCUGAACAUCCUACAACAGAGAUAACAUUGAGGGCAAGUGUCUAUCCACAAGAAAAAUACCAAGAUCCGAAAACACCAUUCUUUUCAAAUGCUGAAGCACGUAUACAUCUGCUCCAACCUGUGACACCUUACAGUCCAGUGUUCAGUGAAUUGUCAAUAGAGAGCUCAGAGGAACCAUUUAAGUGUGGGGCUGAAAUUCCCAUAACCAUUAACUACUAUAUUGUUGGAGAAACAGCUGAAAAUUACAGAAUUGACCUUAUAUACAUUGUCUUAUCUAAAGGAGUCAUAGUCCAUCAUGGGCAUGAGGAAGUUGAAGUGGAAGCCUCUACAGAUGUCAGAAAAGGAAAAAUCUCAUUCAAACUAUCUAUUGUUCCUGAGCUGGCUCCUGUAGUGCAGGCUGUGGUGUACUCUGUCCUGCCCAGUGAGAUCAUCAUCGCUGCUAACAAGAAUUUUGAUGUGGAAAAAUGUUUCAGAAAUAAAGUUUCGCUACAGUUCUCUCCCUCUAAAGCAGUUCCUGGUGAGAAAAACACUCUCAAGCUCUCAGCUCAUCCUGGUUCACUGUGUGGCCUCAGUGCUGUGGAUCAGAGUGUGUUCAUCUUGGAGUCUGGAGAACGCCUAAAUACUGAAGAGAUAUUUAAUUUGUUGCCUGUGACAUCAGUAUCAAAUUAUCCUUACAUGGUUGAAGAUCAUCUGGAGUGCGUGCAUGUCAGACCCCAACGGGAUGUACGGAUUGACCAUGUUUACAAUACAUUAAAGGGUGUGGGACUGAAGAUGGCGUCAAAUUUGGUUGUUAGACAUCCUAACUGUUUGAUGUACAUAGGUGUGGAGUAUCACCGUCAUGAUUAUGUGGGAUACAGGUCAAGAGUUUUGUAUGAUCACAUCGAAGGCUCAAGUUUAUUAAAUUCUGAACCCAUCAAAACAGUUCGCAAAUUCUUCCCAGAAACUUGGAUAUGGCAACUUGUUGAAGUGGGGGACUCUGGAUCAGCACAGCUUCCUGUCACUGUUCCUGACACCAUCACUACUUGGGAGACAGAGGCUUUCUGCGUGUCCUCUAGGGGUCUGGGACUGGCUCCUCCUGUUCAGCUCACUGUAUUUCAGCCCUUCUUCCUGGAGCUCUCGUUACCCUACUCUAUUAUCCGGGGAGAAGUUUUUGAGCUGAAGGCCACGGUUUUCAAUUAUCUUUCCAAAUGUAUUAUGGUUAAAGUGACCCCGGCUCCUUCUUCAGACUACACUCUGGAACCCUCUUCUGAUGGCGAGUUUUCAUCCUGCCUCUGUGCAAAUGGCAGAAAAACCUUCAAAUGGACUCUGAUUCCCACCGUGCUUGGAGUCUUGAAUGUGACAGUGAGUGCAGAGGCAGAACAAUCACAGACGGUGUGUGAUAAUGAGAUUGUGAGUGUUCCAGAGAGAGGCCGUAUCGACACAGUUACACGAAGCCUGAUUGUGCAGGCUGAAGGAAUUGAAAAGACAAAGAGCCAAAGCUGGUUAUUAUGCCCUCAAGGCAACAGUGUUUCAGAGGAGUUGGAGCUGACUCUUCCUGAGGAUGUAAUAGAGGGAUCAGCACGAGUUUCUGUUUCAGUACUUGGAGAUAUACUUGGCCGUGCAUUAAAAAAUCUGGAUGGACUGCUAAGGAUGCCAUAUGGUUGUGGAGAACAAAACAUUGCUCUCCUCGCCCCCAAUAUCUACAUUCUUCAGUAUCUAGAGAACACUGAGCAGCUCACCACAGCUAUCCGUGAGAGGGCUACUGGUUUCCUUAAGAGUGGAUACCAGAGGCAGCUAAACUAUAAGCAUUUUAAUGGUGCAUAUAGCACAUUUGGCAGGGGAGAUGGGAACACAUGGUUAACUGCUUUUGUCUUAAGAACCUUUGGCAAAGCACAACGUUACAUCUUUAUUGAUCCAGAAAUCAUUAACAGUGCAAAGCAAUGGCUAAGACGUAAGCAGAGAUCAGAUGGCUGUUUUAUACAACAGGGAAGUCUGUUUAAUAAUAGAAUGAAGGGUGGUGUAAAUGAUGAUGUGACCAUUACUGCCUACAUCACUGCGUCAUUCCUUGAAUUGGGCAUUACAGUCAAGGAUACUGCUGUGAAAAAAGGACUGUUGUGCCUAAAUUCUUCUAUUGGUAACCUGACAAACACCUACGCCACUGCUCUGUUGGCCUACACUUUCAGUCUGGCUGGAGAAAAUGAAACACGAGAGCACCUGCUAAAAGAGUUGGAUAAUGUUGCCAUUACAGGAGAUGGUCGGCUUCAUUGGUCUCAGUCAGCAUCAGAUGACUCCGGCUCAUUGUCAGUGGAAAUCAGUUCUUACGUGCUGCUAGCUGUUCUCACUGCAGGUCAACUCACUACAGCUGAUUUGGGAUACGCUAAUAGGAUUGUCAGCUGGCUGGUGAAGCAGCAAAAUCCCUAUGGAGGCUUUUCCUCCACACAGGACACAGUUGUGGCCCUCCAAGCUCUGGCUCUGUACUCCACUAAAGUGUUCACCUCAGACGGCUCUAGCACAGUAACUGUAAAGUCAGAAGAUGGACACAGUUACACCUUUGAUGUGAACCAGAACAACAAAUUAUUGUACCAAGAAAGAUCACUGCAGGAUGUUACUGGCAAAUACAGCAUUGAUGUGAAGGGCUCCACCUGUGUGUCAGUGCAGACAACACUUUUCUACAAUGUCCCCACAACUACUCACACCAGGACACUGAGCAUCGCGGCUACAACUGACGGAAACUGCACAAAAUCAUUCGGACACACUCUGGCAAUCAAUUUCACUGUCACAUAUAAUGGGGCAUUAAACAGCACUAACAUGAUCAUAGUGGACAUAAAACUCUUAUCAGGGUUCACAGCAGAUCCUGGUGAACUGCAAAAUCAAAUUUUGGUGGAACGAGUUGAUUACAAAGAUGACCAUAUUAUAAUUUAUAUAAAAGAGCUCCUAAGGAAUAUUCCUGUCAACUAUAAGUUACACAUUAAACAGGUGCUUCCUGUGAAGAAUCUCAAGCCAGCUGUGAUCAAAGUUUAUGAUUACUACCAAACAAGUGACCAGUCUGAGACGGAGUACACAUCCCCAUGUGUGUAAGCUGCCAGAUCUUCAUUAAACACAGAAAAGCUUUGGAUAUCUUCUGCGUGCUGUUUUUCUUGUGCAUUAUACAUUUUUGUUGGUAUUGAAAUAUAUAUGCAGUUCAGAUACAUAUUGCAUUACUCUUGUGUUUGAUUUUUAAAGGGGUUUUUGCCAUACAUAUCUUACAUGGCUCUUCAUUUAUAAAAGUCAAAAUCAGUUAAGAGCUUUUUAAUUAGCCAGUUGUCAAGUCUAAACCAGAAUCAGCAUCGCACUACAUCUCCCAGAACACCACAUGGCCUACAAACAUGGUUGCUAUGAACUACAACACCCAGCACACAUGAACUUACAGUUUCCAUUAAAGCAAAUACAAGGUAGCCCAUUUUAGAAACGUGACUGACUGGUGAUGUAAAUUUGCAGAAAUAAAUAAAAUAAAAUAAAAAGUGCAAGAAAUUUUC